AUGCAUUCCAAACGAAUUUUAGUUGCGGCACUAGCCGCCCAAACGUGCAGUGCAGCUGUAUCGGCCGCUCGAGAUCAUGGUGCGCAAUGUACCAAAACAACGGUCGCGAUUCUUGGUGGUGGAAUGGCUGGUGUUGCUGCAGCACAAGCUCUAUCCAACUCUUCCAUAAAUGAUUUCGUUAUCAUCGAGUAUCAAGAUAAGCUUGGAGGACGUGUCCACCACACAACCUUUGGCAAGGACAAAAACGGGGAUCCGUACACGGUGGAGUUGGGUGCAAACUGGGUGCAAGGACUGGGAUCCCCCGGUGGUCCAGAGAACCCAAUAUGGACGCUUGCAAAGAAGUGGGGGUUAAAUAACACCUACUCAAAUUACAGCUCAAUUCUCACCUACAACGAGACUGGCUAUACAGACUUCUCCGCCCUCCUGGAUGAAUAUGAAACAAAGUUUGAGACAGCUUCCGAUCUUGCUGGUACUAUCUUGAAGGAGAAUUACCAGGAUAUGACUGUCCGCUCUGGUCUUUCCUUGGCCGACUGGAAGCCCAAACGUGAUGAUAUGACUGCGCAGGCUGUGGAGUGGUGGGAAUGGGACUGGGAGGAUGCCUACUCUCCCGAGCAGAGCUCUCUAGUCUUCGGCGUUGCCGGUAGCAACCUCACCUUCAAUCAAUUCAGCGAUGAGAACAACUACGUCUGGGACCAGCGGGGCUUCAACCGCAUCAUUACGGGCGAGGCUUCAACCUUCCUAAAGGAGAACGAUCCACGUGUCCACCUCAACUCCAAGGUGACCAAGAUCAGCUACUCUGACGAUGGCGUCACAAUCUACAAAGACGACGGCAGCUGCGUCUCAGCCGCCUACGCAGUCUGCACCUUCUCACUUGGUGUUCUCCAAAGCGAAACUGUCUCCUUUACCCCAAAUCUGCCGGACUGGAAGAAGACCUCGAUCGAAAAAUUCAGCAUGGGAACCUACACAAAGAUCUUCCUCCAAUUCAACGAGACCUUCUGGCCUGAGGACACCCAAUAUUUCCUAUACGCCUCCCCAACAACCCGCGGCUCCUACCCCGUCUGGCAGUCCCUCUCAGCACCAGGCUUCAUCCAGGACUCAAACAUCAUCUUCGUCACACUCGUCCACGAACAAGCCUACCGCGUGGAGCGACAGACAGAUGAGCAAACCAAAGAAGAAGUCAUGAAGGUUCUGCGCGAGAUGUAUCCCGACAUCACCAUCCCCGAGCCAACGGCAUUCAUGUACCCGCGCUGGAGUACUACACCCUGGGCAUACGGUAGUUACUCCAACUGGCCGCCAUCUACCACGCUGGAGAUGCAUGAGAAUUUCCGUGCCAACCUCAACCGUCUCUGGUUCGCGGGAGAGGCUACGAGUGCGCAGUACUUUGGAUUCCUGCAUGGCGCUUGGUUUGAGGGAAGGAAUGCCGGAGAGCAGAUUGCUGCGCUUUUGCAGGAUGAGUGUGCGAAUAUAACUGAUACGAGUGAGGCUUGUGGGAAUCUUCGUCAUUAUGAGACGCUUUAUGGAUCUUCGCCGUUGGCGGAUUAUAGUGUUUUUGACGGGUGGUCGGUUAGUAGUUUUUACUCCAGUACUUAA